AUGAGUGGUAAGAAGUCCAAUGGCGAAACUCCCUCUCAAGAACCCCCGGCUGAUUCAUUGGAUCCCAAAGCAUCCGUACUCCCGUCUCCUGCUGUCCCCUCAACACCGGUAGUAAAGUCCCAUUAUCCCCCAGGAGCCACAGCUCACAGCGCCGAACAAUCCAAAGGUUUUUUGGAGAAUGCCUCUCCCAUUAAGCCUGUCACCAGUCAGCAGGCUGCCAGAACCAGAAAGGCUUCUGUGAGACCUCAGUUUUCUCGUUCUAUCUCCUCCUCCGCCAACACUCCCAGUUAUCACAAACAAUAUAUCAUGUUGCCAAGUAAGCAGCAGUCCCAAAUGGCAGUAGUUAACCCCGGUGAAGCCCUACCAGCUGAUAGUCCCUAUGUCACAAAAUCUUCGGGAAUUGACUCUCCUCAUUCAAGACGGAAAUCCAAGCAGAACCCCCCUAUCAAGUAUGUUUUUUCAGUGGACGACGGGGAGGAUGAGAUCGAAGCAGACAUUAAUAGGGAGUACAUGGAAGGGUAUAGGGAUGGAUUGAAACAGCGUCUGAAAAAAACCAAGAGCAAAGGUUCGAAGCUUUACUCUCCCAUUCCAGGACCAAAGAAGAAAUUGACCACCGCCAGUGGCAGUGAACGAGAGUCUCUUGUGGAACAAUUGGAAUCUGAGGUUUCCAAAGAAUUGAGCAAAGUGAGUAAGGAUCUGGACCGUUUGGAGGUUCUAGAGUCUGAUCCUCAUUCCCACAAAAUUCUCUUCAAUGAAGAGUCUAGCGUUCCUGAACCCAUUGAGGAGGAUGAUUCCAACACAAGUUCUCAGAUUCACCAUCCAGCACCAGUUCCAGAUGAAUCAAACGAGAACGAAGAAUUCAUCGAUGAGUCGAGUAAUAUACAGGGGUAUCAUGAAAGGGAUGAAGAUCAGGAUGGCCUUGGGUCAAAGAACACUAGCUCUGACAGUGCGUCGAUUUCUUCGCUAGAAAGCUUUACUUUGAGAGAGAGGCAGGAUGCCAUUAACAACACACAUCCUUUCGGAGUAAGGAUUUGGAAACCUGCUUUAUACAAGAAAAUUCGUUCUGUUCAGAAAGAAGCUGACUAUGAUAUUCAUCAGACCCCGUUGGCGGCCAGACAUAUCUCUUGGGAUGUCUCUUUGACUAAUCACCUCUACAGUGCAACACUGGGUUUGUUCUUGUUCUUAGUAUUGCUCAUCUGUUCAGCUGUGACAUUUUUCUUCACAUUUUUUACUAAUCCCAAGAAAGAUGACUCUCUCAAAUAUGCUAAACAACUCUAUAAUAUUGGUUUUUAUUUAUUAAAUCCCUUUGGGAAAAUUGUGCUUCUUAGGAAAGAGAAGAAGUAUUAUAAUGAGGAUGAAGGUGUCGGGUCCUCUUUAGAUGAAUACAGGAGAUGGAGAACUGAUGAAGAACAAAGGCUCUUUUAUGCUCCAAAAAAGAAGCAUAGGGCUCAUUCCACAGUUGAAAGGGAAGGUGCUGUUCCUCACCAUUCUUACGGUGCUGCAGGGGAAGAGUCAAUUGACACGACUAAUGAAGAGGAUGAUGCAUUCAAGAUAAGACUAUUUGGAAGAGGUAAAUGGAACAUCGGAAGGGUAGUUUUCUUUAUCCUUUUCUAUCUUAUUAUCCAACCAUUCCUAGUCAUUAUUUCCAUUUGUGCUUGGCUAACAGUAUUUGCAAUUCCUUUAGCAAAGACGGCUAUGAUUUUGGAUAGUCAUGUCCGCCGCCAUCCUCUUGGUUUGGUCUUUAGAGUAGAGAAAAACUACCACUAUGACAGACGAGGAGUUGAGCAAUCCAAUGAAUCGAUUUUAAUCUGUACAUAUAGAGCCGUUGGAUGGCAUUAUUACAAGUACACAGUGGAUGGAACCAAUAUUUAUUUCAUCAACUUGCUCUUCUUAGUUGCUUUCACCAUAUUCGAUUUCUAUCUCCUGAAAGAGAAAUUUGGAUUCCACUCAAUCCUGACAGACUCAUCGACUGUAUUCCUUAUGUGCCUUAUAUCAAUCAUCCCACUGGCUUACUUUAUUGGUCAAGCUGUGGCCUCCAUUUCUGCGCAAACGUCUAUGGGAGUAGGUGCUGUUAUUAAUGCAUUUUUCUCUACAAUCGUGGAAAUCUUCCUUUAUUGUGUUGCUUUGAACCAAGAUAAGAGUCGUUUGGUUGAAGGAUCCAUAGUUGGAUCAAUUCUGGCAGCUGUUUUGCUUCUUCCAGGGCUGUCUAUGUGCAGUGGUGCACUGAAAAGGAAAACUCAACGAUAUAAUCCCACCAGCGCUGGAGUUUCCUCUACGAUGUUAUUGUACGCUACCAUUGUUUUAUCUUUGCCAUCUAUCUUGUCUAUUUUGUACGGGGGAUUCGAAACAGAAUGUGUUCCAUGCUCGCCAGAACAGUUAGCUGCGUCUCCUACUUGCAGAUCAUGUCAUUUCUACCAUAAUCCACUGGAUAUCAAUGGUUCACUUUAUACGGCAUAUAUCAAACCAUUUUCUCUGAUAUGUGCUAUUGCAUUAUUUUUUGCUUAUUCGAUUGGAUUAUUAUUCACAUUGAAGACUCAUGCGGCUUUGAUUUGGAGCACUCCAACUGUUUACGAAAGACCGAAGGUUGAAGGUAGCAAUGCGCCAGCAAAAAAUAAUUCCAUUUCACAUCACCGAAGCUCACUCCCUAAUGUUGCCAAGGCCGCUCAGGAACAAACGAAGAAGGAGCCAUCUUCAGUUCAGCCUAACUCAGAGGCUGAUAGCGGUGGGCACGAUGCACCAAACUGGUCCAGAACCAAAUCAACUGUGAUCCUUUUAUCUGCCACCCUUCUCUAUGCUGUCAUUGCAGAAAUACUGGUUGACACUGUUGAUGUUAUUCUCGUCAAGUUUCCCAUCAGUCCAAAGUUAUUGGGUUUGACUGUGUUUGCUUUAGUUCCUAAUACCACCGAGUUUGUGAAUGCCAUAUCGUUUGCCUUGAACGGAAAUGUUGCCUUGUCAAUGGAAAUCGGAUCUGCUUAUGCUCUGCAGGUGUGUUUACUGCAAAUCCCAGCCCUGGUAAUCUAUACUAUCAUACACUUCACGCCAACGAGUUCCAUUUCAUCCAUGUUCACCCUAGUAUUCCCCAGAUGGGACAUCAUUGCAUGCUUCACCUCGGCAUUUAUGUUUACAUAUAUUUAUGCGGAAGGAAAGUCCAAUUACUUCAAAGGUGCCAUGUUAAUCCUGAUAUAUUUGACAGUUAUGAUAGGUUUCUUCCUCGCUGAUAGAAUAGAUGAGCUCAGGUUGGAAUAA